CAUUCCAGUUCAACUGCUGUGGGAGGCAGCUGUGAAUCUACCUGCCAUUUAGUUGGAGAGGCAGCUGAGCGGCCACCUCCUCACUGCGGCAUCCGAAGGGAUAGGGCACGUGCCCCAGUCCCACCAGCCCCGCUCAGAUGGAGAAACACCACCGCGCAUGGAGGGGCACAGUAUAGUGAUUCAGGGACAGAGUCCAAGCCCCCAUUUCCUGACCAGGCAAGCCUUGGCCCCACAGAGCUGGGAAAUCCUGCAGCCCAGUGUAGGCUGGAGCAAGAAGGCCAGGAGAAUGUGGCCGGAGGGAUGAGGGGUGGGGAGUGGGGAACACGUUUCAAUUCUGAAUCUACGAAGGAACAAGGCAUUCAACCAACAGGACCAAGACUGAGCAGCCUGGAGGGGUGUGCAGAGGACGGCUGCCAAGAAAGGCCCAGCAGACACACUGUCACUAAAUGUGUCCAAUCCACUCUGUGCAGGGGUCCUGGGGCCUGGCUUGGGAUCUCAGAGGUGAGGUUCCAAUGAGCUGCCAGGUUCUCUGCAGGGAACGAUCGCACUGGGGACCCCGGUGCCUUCAGCCCCAGACAGCUAGAGGAGGUGGUGUCCCAGCCUCCGAGAUAGGAGCUCACAUCCACCUGUGUGCUCAGCAGGCAGUCUCUGGCAUCCUUGGUGACGGCACCUGUGGGCUGCUGCUGAGGGCCUGGGUAUACACACCCCAGGACUCUGAAGCCCAGGUGCCCCGCCCUUUCUGCAGUCUGAAAUUUGCCGAAUUCCCCGAGUCCCACUCCUGCCCAACCAUCUCGGUUAUCUGCUGCUGUGUGGCAAAUGGCUCCAGAACACCAGCCAUUUCACUUGCUCACUUGCUGCAGGUGAGCAACCGGAACUGGGCUUGGCUGGGCAGUUCUUGUGCUGGUCUUACCUGGGUCACUCGUGUGGUCUCCUGGGUGCUCCGCCAGGGCACCCUGGCUUCAGAUGGCUUCACACACAGCUGUGGGGAACUGGAUGAGCACAACAGCGCUGACCUCAAGGAACUCGGUCUAGUGAGCACAACAUCUUACCGAACUCUUCAGAUCAACAUGUGCAAUUAUCACAGCGUCAGGAAGGGCGCGGGGCAGCAAGCGGCCUUGUUCACGCAGACAGAAAGAGAAAUGGAUACAGCUGCUAUGGAAGGCCAGUGAGCAGUACGUACCAAGCGGAAAGUGAACUAGAGAUUGUUUAUCCUGCAACGACACAGGCACGUCGGUGAAGUGACGUGAUUUCCAUUCUGCUGAUGUUACCAAGGAUACUUCAGCGCCUGUCAACUCACGAUGGUUUCCAUAAAUCAUUGUCGCCAUAAAUAGAAUACCAUGAAGUCAAUACAAAAUAAUGAAGUGGCUUUAUUUAUUUUUUAAUUUUUUGAGGCUGAGUCUGUUGCCUAGGCUGGAGUGCAAUGGCGUAAUCUCAGCAAACUACAACCUCCGCCUUCUGGGUUCAAGUUAUUCUCCUGCCUCAGCCUCCUGAGUAGCUGGGAUUACAGGUGCAUGCCACCAUGCCAAUUUUUUUUUUUGUAUUUUUAGUAAUGACAGGGUUUCACCAUGUUGGCCAGGAUGGUCUCAAACUCCUGACCUCAGGUGAUCCAUCCACCUCAUCUUCCCAAAGUGCUGGGAUUACAGGUGUGAGUCACUGUGGCCGGGCCAAAGUGACUUUAGACCUAUGUGCUAAUGCAAGAAGACUAGGAAGACUACCAGUGUGUCAGGCGGCAAAGCUAGUGUAGAGUAUGUCAUUUGCAUGUGUGCACGAAUGCAUGCCUGUGAACGUGUGAUCAGCCCUUGAGCGAGAACACGCAAGGAACUGGCAGCAAUGGCCGCCUAGGGAGAGAAUGGGGUGCUUAGAGGGCAGGGACAGAAACACGUCACGUAGGCCUUUUAUACCAGGACAUUAGUUACCUACGUUAAAAAUAAGAACUGAGUAUCACUUCAUUCCAGUCAGUACAAAGAGGCUAGUGCAGAAGGAGGCUUAAGUUGUAGAAGCCCUGAGCAUCAGUCCCCCUGCAGGAGGUGGGGGAAGGCAGGGGUUCAUCAGGACCAGAGAUGGACGGGAUGCAGGACUGGGCUGAAGAAGAAAGGCACCUGGCAGCGCGCCUGAAGUCGGGAGGUUAUGGGGACUUAGGGUGAAUGAAGAGCUGUGCAUUUUCUGGGAGACAGAUGCAAUGCUUUCUGCUUUUCACAGGAGAGGUUGGUCCCUGGUUAGGUGGGGAGCGGGACAGAAAAGGCA